AACGUAUAAAAAGACAGAGCAAACGCCAAUGACACUCCAUCCUCUUCUUCUUCCUCGUAUGGUGUCUUGUCUGUCCGUCCGACCGCCUCUGCAACCCCGCCAUGCGCUCCAGCUGCUGAGCCGAUGAGCGAGCGAUCCGCCAAAUCAAGAAAGCCCAAACCCACUUCCCCUCCAUCCAAUGCGAUCCCGACCUCCUCGUCCUCCCCGAAUCCCGCUCCGCAGCCAUCCCUCCCGAUCCCCAUGGCCCGCAAAUCCUCCCUCCUCAAGCAAGCCCUGAUCUUGGUCCUCCUCCUCCUCGCCCUCUACGCCUUCUUCACUUCCUUCCUCAACCCAGAUCCCAAAAUCGAUCCUUCCUUCCGAAUUCAGCGUCCUUCCGGCGAAGACCAUGGCGAAUUUCCCGUAAAGGCGCCGCCUUUGCUCACCAAGGUGUUCAUGUACGAGGUUCCGGAGAGGUUCACCUACGGCGUCAUCCGGGAGCACUCGGCCGCGCGCGGUGGAGCCCACGUUGCCGACGUGUCGGCCCUCAAGUACCCCGGGCACCAGCACAUGGCGGAGUGGUACCUCUUUGCGGAUUUGAACCGGCCCGAGCUGGAGAGGGCCCAGGCCGGCUCGCCGGUCGCUCGGGUGACCGAUCCCGAGGAGGCCGAUCUCUUCUACGUGCCGGUGUUCUCGUCAUUGAGCUUGAUUGUGAAUCAGGGCCGGCCUCCCGGGACGGAUCCGACGUACAGCGACGAGGAGAUGCAGGAGGAGCUGGUGAAGUGGUUGGAGGGUCAGGAGUAUUGGAAGAGGAACAAUGGGCGGGAUCACAUAAUCAUUGCUCAGGACCCGAAUGCGCUGUACCGGGUCGUGGAUCGCCUUAAGAAUGCCAUCCUCUUGGUGUCGGAUUUCGGGCGGUUGAAGCCGGACCAGGCCUCACUGGUCAAAGAUGUGAUCUUGCCAUAUUCACAUCGGAUCAACACUUACAAUGGUGAUGUCGGGAUCGAGAAACGCAAGACUUUGUUGUUCUUUAUGGGAAACCGUUUCCGGAAAGAGGGAGGAAAAAUUCGUGAUUUGCUGUUUCAAAUACUUGAAGAUGAAGAGGAUGUCGUAAUGAAACAUGGUGCACAAUCUAGAGAGAGUUGACGCGCAGCAUCACAGGGGAUGCAUACAUCCAAGUUCUGUCUCAACCCUGCUGGCGAUACCCCAUCGGCCUGCCGUCUCUUUGAUGCUAUAGUUAGCUUGUGCAUCCCAGUUAUCGUCAGUGACAGUAUCGAGUUGCCAUUUGAAGAUGUCAUAGACUACCGGAAAAUUGCAAUAUUUGUAGAUACUGCCACUUCUCUGAAGCGAGGAUUUUUGGUGAAACUUCUGAGAAAAGUACAGACAGAAAAGAUUCUGGAAUAUCAGAAAGAGCUAAAAGAGGUGAAGCGAUUUUUCGAGUAUGGUGAUCCAAACGGAACAGUCAAUGAAAUUUGGCGGCAAAUAUCACAGAAGCUACCCCUUAUUAAACUGAUGAUUAACCGUGACAAGAGGAUUGUCAAGAGGGACAUGAGUGAACCAGACUGUUCCUGUAUCUGUUCGAACCAGACGGGGGUCAUUUCCACUCUAUGACACGAGCACUACUUGUACCUUGAUCUCCGACCACUAUUUGCAAACCUGCCUGCUUGGGUGCUGGCCAGUUGGUGUUGGAAUUCGCUCGUGUUUGGAUUCAGCAACUAUACCGCGAUCUGCAGGACACCCUGCAAGGCUGAGUUUAGAAAUAUCGAGGAGCUGUCACUGCAUUUAAUUUAUCCUCAUUUCUUGCUAGUACACCGUUUACAAUUGACACCCUCCCCUUACAUUACGCCCUUGGCAGAGGAUUUUUCAGGGUUUGUUAGGCAGGGUAGCAGUUGUAGAUCAUUAGAGAUUCUGGUACUUGUGGUGAUGCAGAAUAGGGAAAUUAGAUUAAAGAUUGAUUGCUGCCUGUAUUUUCCACAUAUUGUACAUUGUACAGAAGAAGAUCUGACCGUAUACCUUAUUCUUUUUCUUAUGUUGGAAUGGUGAGUUGACUUCUUUGUA